AUGCUAAAUUUGGCAAUCGCAAUGAACAGCGACAGCUGGGAUGCCAUUUCGGCUCAAAUAAGGAAAAGCAUUAUUGACGAAAGGAGUAUUUUAUCCGAAUUUCCACCUGAGGCAGCCAGCAUCACAGCUCGAGAAAUUGUUCUCAGUUUGGCGGCCGACUGCUCCUGCAAGAAGGCAGCGCUGAUGGAGGCAGCACCACCUCCAAAGCGUCCUCUUGGUCGCCAUGUCAAUAAUACUACUGAGACUAAGCCAACGGUUAUGGUCAGACCGACACUGGAGAUGGCAGCGACUACGGAGGCACGUUCCAAACGCUUUUCUGUCAAGUUAGACACCGAAGCAGAUCUGCAGUGGGUUAUGCAGACCAUCAACUACGGACUGACAAUGCCCCCCGAGCAUUGGGACAUAGUGGCGCACAGCGUGCACCUCUACUGUGAGUGGUUGGGCUGCCUCCUACCGGCGCAGAGUCAAAAGGCUGUGCACAUGCCGCGCGCUCUCCUCACCAGUCCCGCAGUGUAUGCACGUCGCCUCCUCUUUGCCCUCUGCCGCUUCUUCGCACCCCGCGCUCCCAUGGAUCGCCCAACAGACGGGUUCUUUAAUCUUCUCCAUCAGCCGCCUUGCGAUCCUCCCGAUCCCGCCUGUAUUGCUAGUGCCACCGCUACCAAUAGCACUGUGGAAGCAAUUGCGCGCGGUGAUGGUGAGAGUGGUGUUGGGACUAUGCGUCUGUCGGCCGUGGCGAGGCUUCAUCACUUCACUCUCAGGUUGGGCUUGUCAUUGGGAGUUGUCCAGCCGAAUGCCGGCAUAGUAGUGGGAGAAGGGGAGCGUUGGUUGCAGGAGAAGUACAUUCCCCUGGUCUCACGCAUCGUUGGUCGGGUGAAGCAAAUCCUCUACUCCUCGCACCUUCUUACCGGACCCCUGUGGGAUAACCUGCUAGAGUUCUGUCUGGCCGUCUGUUACGCCGUCCUUGCUCUGCCUCCGCAGAUCGAGUGUUCUGCUAUCACGAGUUCGCGACUCUCCGCCCUGCCCCCUGGGGUCCGUGUAAUGCUUCAGCUGGAGUGCCUGGUAGCUGGUUUGCUCAAUAGAGUAUGGAUACGUGCCCUUAGUCAGCACUACCCUUCCCCAGCCUACUGGCAAGGUCUGCAGGAGCUCUGUCACGUCUCAAGGCAUCGAAUUGGUCUGAGUUACAUCUGGUCUCGCAUGUUGGUCGUCUCUACCUGCAAUCUAAUUCGUUCUCAGGGUGUCAUCGAGCUCUCCUGCCCUGUAGGGGCUCUCGAGGAUGGCACUGUGACAACCACCACAACUAGCGCUUGCCCACUCAAUCUUCCACCCCUCUCCGCCUUUGAACCCCUGCUGAGCCCCAAAUUUAUGGUAGAAGUUUCGAAAGAAGUUGCUGACAUCUCCUGGUUCCGGCUACUUCAUCUUUUUGGCAAUCCUGUGGAUCUAUGCCAUCCUGCUGAGAUCACACACACUGCUGUGUUUGAGUGCUUCCGGCGCUCAAACGCUGCUGCGCGUUGCCGUCUGACAGCGGUUUUUCUGCCUGGCAUUUUCCACAAUGUGAUGCGGAGCCUGUCAACAACCGUGGAUCUCUUUCUGGGCAUUGCGCCCUCCCUUUCCGGCUGUCUCUCCACCUUCAUUGGGGUGCCGCCAAGCCUCUACGGGCCCCUUGUCGAUAUACCCGUGUACUUCCACUACGCCUCAGUACGCUCGCCUGACGUCAACUUUCUUAAUAAACAACAGGGCAGCGGUGACUUGUCAGGCUCCACGGAUCCCUCCUCACCGGACGGUUCGGGGCAGACGGGCGCACACUUCUCCUCCUCCCUCGUCAACCCUCAGGCCUUAGCCGAGGCUUGGCUCCAGCCCAACUUUCUAGUGACCUGUUUCUACAACCGGCCCCAUGUCGCAUCCCUCUUACGGCUUCUGGGACCCUGGCUCUUUGAGGCUGCUGUGGGACGCGGCAAAGAAGGUACGAUUGUCAGUGAGCGCUCACUGAUGGUGGACAACACCAGUUUCCUCGUGGGUCGUGCCGAGGCUAUGGCCUGCCUCUGUCGCAUUUUCAUAUACGCCCGAAAAACACAAAUUGCGCCUGAACUCCUCGCCCGCUUCUACGUCUGCCUCGUCAGGGCUCUCGAUCCCGAGGUGGAAUACGUUCUCUCUACGGUCCUUUUCCACGCACCUGACCUGUUGCGUGCUGACCUCACUGCCUGCUUCUCCUCGGUCGCGCCCGCUCUCUUCAACGCCGCUCAGUUAGUGCUUCGAAAACCGUCAGUUAUUUGCCCGGAGUACAUCUCGAUGGUUCUGCUACGACGAGCCAGCUUGCACCAGCUGCUUUCAAUGGUGUGCUUGACCAACCAGUUCGAUGGCAUCCAAUUUCAAGAAAUCUCCUCUCCCUCCUCCUCAUCCUCCUCCUCCACCACAACUUCAGAUUCGAGUGUUCUUACCACCCGAAUACUGAGGAUGAGACUGGCUAGUCUCCUGUGCGAGCUUCUCACCUACGAGACGGACACGCACAACCUUCGAAUGCUUCUCAGCGCUGCCUAUACCCUCGUCUUGAAUAUGAUCUCAGUCGAACUCUCUGCGCCCGAGUCAAAUUCGAAAUCCGCUCCCAAUAACGUCGACCCUCAUCCCGGUGUUGGUAGGUUGACCUUCCCUCAAUGCAUUUCCCUUUUUCUUGUGUACCCAUUUGUAAUCAGUCGUUGCUACUCAGAGACAGCCUCAGGUCUGUACGCAGUGCUGUUGGAGAGGAUUUGCGCCUCUCUACGACGGUGGGUAAACGACUUUGCUCUGUCUUCCUUCGCACUUGAUAUCCUCGGUGGAUUGGCCAGUACUCAUGUGCCUCAGCCCAGCUUGGCUCGUUGUCGUCGAUGCAUCCAAAGCAUCUGUGCUUUCAUCGAAUUUCAGUGCUGGCGUGAGAAAAAGGAUCACACACGACUACUGCACAGUCUCAUCAUCAAUGCCUUUCACUGUCUUGGAGGGUGGAUAGUGGCUCAUCCAAACACCCUUAACGAUCAGGAGACCCUCCGUGCCGUCAUUGAAACUACCAAAUUAGGCAUCUUCGGCGAUGAGACAGUUCCACUGCCUCUGCCCGGCUCUAAGAGGGGUAGUUCUCUUGAGGGUCCUCCACUACCAACUGGCAUGCCCUUCUCGAAACGCGUAAACGAGGCAGCGGAACAACUCUUGACUAUCCUCUUCUCCACCGCUGGAUCCUUCCCCCAGGCCGGCGGACCCGAGACCUUCUCCUGUCGCCUCAACGAGGAACGGGUCGCCCAGCUCUCAGCCACCUCCAUUUCCACCUUUCAGCACUUUCUUGUCUCCUCGCCAGAUACCUCUGCUUCCACUCCAACCGCCCCUGACCUCCUCCUGAGCAUUGCGGAGACAAUGAGGCCUACUUCCAACACUGGCAGCAAAAGGGUGAACGAGAGCAUACCGGCCCUUUGCCGAAGUCUUGCGGACCCCUCACCCGUCUUCACUUUUCUUCGCGAUGCCUCUGGACGUCACCUCUGGUCUUGGAAACUGCGCUAUGAGCCAAUAAGUGCUGAGAACGAUACGAGAGCUGCUCCAGCUACUCAGCGACUUAGGAAUACGAAACAUUUUAAGAGCUAUCUGGAAAAUAGCUGGCCGAUUAGACAGUCGGGGGGGACGGGAGAUCCGUUCUUGCCCAAGACGAGGGAUAAUAUUCCGCUUGUUAGAGCAGAGAAAGAGAUGCCAACUCUGGCACAGUCGGUGUUUGGCUCGGUGGCACGGCGGGAGGUAGACGCACUCAAAUCGCUCAUAGCCUCGGAGGCGGAACGCACCGCUGCCCUAGGACGACGCAUCCAGAAGGCUCGAAUUAAAGCCUUCACUUCAUCCUACCCCGAGGAGCAAUGCCGACCCCAACAGCGAAUUGAUGCAAUGUCUUCAGGUCACCUCCUUGCUUGCCACUUGGGAUACGUCCCGGUGAACGCACUGCAAGGCUCAAGCAACUCCUUCUGCGUGCCUUCAGGUACCAAUGCCGACAGCAACCAUGUCACUAACUCCCCACAACCGAAUUCCAUCCCAAACCUGCGUGCGCGUUCAUCGGGCUGGAAGCGACGCAUUCCGGGCACGCGGAACGUGGGUGGGGGUGUGGACGCUGCCUCCCUUAUACCCUCAGCCCUCAUACCAGUUGACGCCACACUGGCUAGACAGCUAGAUGACCAAUUGCUGACUGGUCCGAGAUCCACCGCCACUCUCUUCGUGUUUUAUGUUAAGCAGGGUCAAACUUCUCUCGAGGAUGUCAUCUGCAACAUGGACUACUGGUCAGAAACACCGAAAGACUUCCAGUCUUUCCUCCACUCUCUCGGUUGGUGUGUGGACUCCGUACAACACCCGGGCUGGUGCGGACCUCUGCAGCGGUCUCAGUCCCCUUGGUCGAGCCGAUUUGAUGCCACUACGAUGCACCUCUCUGGCUUUGAUGUUCGACAACAGUCCUGCGGUGUUGGUAGUGGCGCUGCAGAAAGCCUCCGACGGAAUGCGCCUGACGGCGUGAAGACCUUCUUCUAUUGGGCUGACGCCUUCACUGAGGUGGUCACAUUGUGUCCCUCUAAACGGACGAAGAUCGAUGAAAAACCACCUGAAGAUCGUUCUUCGGCGGAGGAUUUCCGGGCUGCAGUUCUGUGGCUAGAGUCAUGGGGAGACGCGCUUUGGGUUCCCGGCUGGACAAGCGAAAGCGGUGGUAGCGCAACAGCAUCAGCGUCAGUAACAUCGAAUCCGCUGAGGACUGCACUCGAGGUCCAAUUCUCCUGCAGUUUGGUUGCGCUAGUGCAUCCAUUGGCCAGCAAUGGUCUCUUUCGCCUCGGCCUCCUGCAGCUCCAUGAUCUUGGCCACGAGGCGGGUCCACUGACCACGGGACUGCUGCUCAGUGCACCCCUUCUCGGUGCGAUGGUUCGCUCAACCCUUGUUAACACUCUCCACCGACUUGCUGCUGACUCUGGUGAUCCCACUAACACUACAGCCCGAAAGCGUCUCGCUGCUGUCACGGCGUCGGCGGCAACGGGUAGUACAAAAGGACGCGUCGCGUCUGCUGUCCAGCUGCUGCUCUGGUCUGCUGAGCGGUGCUACUGA